AUGUCCCAUCUUCGUCCUAUCAUCGACUUGCGUGAAGCUAGGCGUGAAGCUAAGCGCCUUGCUGCGCUGAAAAGACAGCAGGAGGAGGAAUCCACUUCGACGGCGAAGCCAGUGGGGGUAUUGUCGGAGGAGACGGUACCUUUUACACAGCAUCACAACCUGACGAGGAGAGAUGAUUUGCCCCAGGGUCAGGGUGUCACAGGCGAGGAUUAUGAGACUCAGCCCCUCGAGGAAGAUGAUGAUUCGCCACAGGAUCAGGGUGGCACGGACGAGGAUUAUGAGGCUCAACUCAUCGCAGCUCAUCUGGAAAUCGAGGAACUUCGCAGUACCCUGAAACGUGAGCGGGAUAUAAUUUACAAGGAUGAAGGCACUCAGGUGGAUCGAAAGACAGCAGAGCAGGGGGUUCAAGUUGAAGCGGAGGACGAUAGCAGGAAAGAGCAACGUCCUCGUGUCAGUGUCUUCAAAAUCAUCCAGCACAAGCUUGAGCUGAGAUGGGGCAUAAUGACGUCCUAA